CUUCCAACACGAUACCGACGACAGGUACGACGACGACGGUUGCUUUUACGACGCAGACCGCGGCCACCGUGACGACCAUCCCAUAUCAUCCGUCGGCAAGGCGAAUGUCCGACCAGGAUCGGCCCUUGUUUGCGGCCCUGAUUGCCGACGAACAUCUGGAGAAUCCUCGGAGACGCCAUGCCUGUACCGGACGCUUCCUGACGAUGCACAAACGGCGCAGGAAGAAGCUCAACACCCGAAGUUUGGCGCUGGAUCAAGCCAUCCUGGACGAUAUCCUGCACGGUCAGGUGCAGUGCAUCCUGGAUCGCGUCGGCAACUGGCGAUUCAACGCUUUCACCCUAGAAACGGUCACUGGUGGACGCUCACUGCCUGUCUUAUGUGUUCAUUUGUUCCAUUGGUACGGCCUUUUGGACCACUUCAAUCUAGACGUAGUUAGAGUAUGGAAAUUGUUUAGUUUAAUUGAAGAGGGCUACCACAGCACGAAUCCGUAUCACAAUUCAAUCCACGCGACUGACGUAACACAAGCAAUGCACUGUUUCCUGCAGGAGAAACGCAUCCUGGAGAAUUUGAGCCCACUGGAAAUAAUGGCAUCGUUAAUUGGUGCCGUAACGCAUGAUUUAGAUCAUCCGGGAGUCAAUCAGCCGUUCUUGAUAGCGACUUCGAAUCAUUUGGCGGCCCUUUACGAGAACACAUCGGUGCUAGAGAACCAUCACUGGCGUUCGGCCAUCGGCUGUCUGCUGGAGAGUGGCGUCGCGGAACAGAUACAGGGUAUCCGGCCGGAACUGGAAAAGCAAAUCAGCUCUCUCAUCCUUGCGACGGACAUCACCCGGCAGCAGGAGUUCAUCGCCAAGUUCCGGGAGUACUUGACCCGGGACAGUUUGGACAUGCGGGAGAAGGAGCAUCGGCACUUUAUCCUGCAGAUUGCUCUGAAGUGUGCCGACAUUUCGAAUCCCUGCCGACCGUGGGACAUUAGUAAAAAGUGGAGUUUGAAGGUGUGCGAGGAGUUCUUCCGACAGGGAGACUACGAAAGGCAGCUGAAUUUGCCAGUGACAUCGCUGUGCGAUCGACACUCCACUUCCGUACCCAAAAUCCAAACGGGCUUCUUCAAGUUUGUCGUUACGCCGUUGAUGGAUGAGUGGCACCGUUUCUUGAAAACCAAACUCUCACACAAUAUGAUGCAUCACCUAAAGUACAAUCAAAAUCAGUGGGAAUGCAAACUACAGGCUGAGUUGAAUGAGGAAACUCGUACCGAAAUAUCAGAUGCCGAGUUGUUGGAGGAGGAUGAACCCGAUGAUCCGGAUGAACCAUUGAACGAUUUUUCGGACAGCUCAGAAGUGCUUAUUCCCAACAUACCGACCUUCAAACGACGCAGUUCGCUACAGAUACCCGUAUUCGGUAACAUUCACAGCGAGCGUCGAUUCUCCGUACCCGUUCAUAGCAUACCGAAAAUAGUGCUUCCAGCACGAGACCACCGAGACUUCAACCCACCUCCGGAUUCGAUCCAGGAAAGCGACGAGCACAAGUUUGAGAACGAUUCGCUUUCGAUAUUCUCUUCCGACAGCGACAGUCUUCAUCGGGGAGCACGCGGAUCUUCCACCGGGAGCACAGCUGAUCGGGAACGCCCGCUCAGCGCCGAGAAUCUUCUUCCCGACUGCAGCAUAGCAUCGAUGACGGAUGGGGCCUGCGGUGAUCGACUGAAUCUUGUGCUUCACGGAGCCGUUAGUGUAGGAAACACCGCUAAUCUGCUCACCGUUGGCACUUCCAAGCACCUUAUCCGCCAACAAACCUUCCCACCGCUACAGCCGUACGUUCGAACCCGGUACAUGUCUUCGCAGGCCGAACUAGGAGCCUGUCCAGAGGCUCUGCUCGAGUCCAACUCUAGCAGCAGCUCUUCCAACUCCCAUCCGGAACCAAACAGUGAAUCUCGAGGUAUCCUUUCGAUCAAGAAGGAAAGCUUCAAACGCGAAACGGAUUCGUCCACGUCGGCCGACAAGGCCAAAAUACCGAAGCUCUCUCUCGGGGGCCAGAAGGAGAAUCUCGACCCUUCGAUGCUGAAACGAAGCCUCAGCCGGCGGCGUGGUUCCGCACCUGUUACCGUAGCUCUUCCGCCGAAACCCUCGGAACCGGAGCUGAGUGUUUCGUUUGUUAUUAAAACGAGCGAUCUGCGACGGGGUUCCAUGCCGGCUGAGUUCAUCACCACGAUGCAUUCAAAAGACCAACCAAACGGAACCCAACCGAUCGAGGUGACCGCAAGUAUUCCGAACAGUAUCGGGCCGGUGUACAGCAUGCAGCGACGCGGCUCUGUACCCUGUGACAACAGUUCCAACAGUGUCGUGAUCCGGAACACUUUCGGCCUCAAGCGACGAAGCGCCAAAAAGGCCAUGCGGAGACGUUCGUCCGGUGGAGCGGAGAUUCUUAGUCCGAUCCUGUCGGAAGAUGCUCCGGUCCCGACGACGGAUCCACCUUCGAUGUCUUCCGGAAGUGGUUCCUCAUCGUCCGCCUGGCAACGGUUCCGGCGGCGGGCCGAUGUUGAGAACAUUCUAUCCCGGCGGCGUGGUUCGCUGCCGGUCGAGGUGCUUACAAUAGGAUAUUCCGGAACGCUACGGCACUAAAGAAUCAACUGGACCGCGAACAGCUGAUGGAGGAUGAUGACGACGAUGACGAUGGUCAAAAGGGCUAGUUUACCGACCACCCACCAACCCACACAUAGAGAGAGAGAGUUCGAUAGAAAAAAAGUGAAAGAGUGAAAAGUCAUUUUUUAGAUCGCCAAGCAGCAUCAUCAGCAACAAACUAUUCUGCAACAAAAAAAUCCGGGAACGACAACGGCAAUUUUCCGAAAGUAACAAAAAAAUGCUGCCUAACUCCAGGGUUGCAGAUGGAAGGGAAAAUUUUUCCUAACCGAUUCAAGGAUGCAGGAUCUAACAUUUGCAAAAACAAACCCCCGAGAGGAACGAUUUCCAGCAGCUAGCUGCCGGCAGGCUUUUAGUUCCGGUGCCUAAGGUUGAAUCAACAGAAGGAAAAAAAAUCCUUCCCGAACUACACGUGGACAAGUGGGGCAGCCCUUUUAAUUUGAACGAGAGUGAUGAUGCUGUUUGCUGAUGUCGAUGAUGGUGAUGAUGAUGGCGAUGAUGAAGUUGGCGCAAAGUUUGAACGUCCAGGUUUAUGGUUAAUUAUUUAGGAGCUCACUAGCUACUGCAAGGACAACCCGGUGCCACCAGAAAAGGAGAGAUAGGAGAGAGUUUUUAUUUUAAUUUGUAUUAUCUGAUUCGGAAACUGAAACUGUAUAGAGAUCGCUGAUGUGUCAUUUCAUCCAGAAUGUUUUCCCGGUUGCAGCUUUGAAAUGAAAACUUAUUCCAUGAGAGAAAAUGUGAUACAGCACAGCACAUCAAAUAGGGGCAAACUUUUGAAAGUAAUUUCAAUGAUUAAAUUCUAUGCAUUUUUCCGAAGCUUUUAAUUCGAAUGGAUUGACAGUUCGUUGCCUAUCUUCAGGCGAUUUUUUCAAGCUUUAUAAAUUCUGUAGCAUUCGCAGUUGUCUACACUUGAUGUGAAUUGAGCAUGGAAACCUUGAGUAAUUAGAAAUUGUCAUAUGGAACCCUUUGAAUGUUUAGUUAGAUUUAAUUAGAUUCGACAAAAUAGGCCUCAAUUAGUAACACAGUCAAAGAUCAAAAAGGGCGUAUUUUUCCCGACCAGCCUCUAAUUACACACAGAUGGUAAGGUACAAAUAUGAAAGUUUCUAAGCGACCAUUCAAAAAAAAAGUUCUGUAAUUAGAGUAAAUUAGAUGGUUGCUCAUGCGUUGGAAAAUAAUUAGAAGGGCAAACAAAUGCCAUGAAUUUGUGGUGAAUUUGGAACAUUCUGGUUUUUCAGUUAACAAAUAGGAUUCUUAAUUAUAAUAUUGACAAAGCAUAGCUUGAUUUUUAAUGACUAUGUUUAAUUUUACUAAGCAAAAUUUAACUAGAAAUGUAAACCAUAGUUAUUUGAAAACAUAAUGGUGAAGCAGUAUGGGCGGACUUUUUAGUCAAGUCUCAACUCGGUUUGGACCUCAUAAAUCAGAACUGAACCCACUAAAUACAAAAACAAAAAAAUAUAUAUGCCACAAGUUAAGGUUCAGUUCAAGGGAAAAUCAUAAAUUUUAAAUUAGGAAAACAAAAGCCACAGUCAAGUAUCAAGAGAAAAAUGCUUCCAAUUUGAAUUGCUCAACAGUUUUAUCAGUUUCACCGAAUCGAAAACUGCGGGGAAAAGACACUCAAACUUUGCCACUGAAUCUUUGAAUGAAUUCGGCCAGCAACCAACAACCGAAACCGUUUGACUAAACAGCAAGUCAUCAUGCAAAUGGGGGGAAAACAGUCGAAAGUUCUUUCUUUCUCCAAGAAGAACUAUCAACAUUCGAAACUUGGUCUUGGUUUGGCUUUUUUUCGGCAACCAUGAAACCAACGACCGACGACGUUCAGUUUCUUCUCGCCGCUUCGAGUGACUGAACAGUUUUCCUACCGGAAACUGAUUAAACACAGUUUCCUGGUGAAGCGGACUGUGUGUUUUCCGAAUUUCGGUGUCCCGGACCUCCUUCAACUUCUCGUGGUCGAGUUGAAACUUUUCUAUUUUUUUCUUCGCUUCUCAAGUGUUGUGCUUUAGAAAGGAAACUCGAUUUCCUCCCACAGCCAUCAGGGGAAUGAUAAAUAUAUUUUCCUGAAUGGAAGCACGGAAAACUAUUUUGCGUGACCUGGUGACCACACACACCGUAGAAGAAACGAACUCGGGGCUCCACUUCCGGUUUCGGGGGAACAGCUUUCGAAUCUUUCUUUUGGACACAAGAUGAUGCCGAUAAAGGAAAAACUUUUUUUGUAGUUUUGAACCGAAUCGACACUCGACUCGGGCAGAUGGAAGACUGACACAGAAAUGAAAACAGCAAAAAAAAAACAGAAAUGACGCUCGCUCGCCUAGUUUCAUUGGGUUUGUUUCAUCGUUCUUCUCAACUUUGCUGAAGCCCAUUCAAAUGCUUGAGAAAAUUUAUUCGAGGGUGUAAAACUUUCUGGUCGAUCUUCCGGUUUGCUCUUCUCCGAUUGGGACAAGUCGAAGUCCGGAAACGAGAACGUUGACUUGGAAAGAAUUUACGGCAGAUGGUGGAAUUUUUUGUUUAUGAAUAUUGGAGAUUCGAUUCAUUCAUCAAAACGAAAACGUGGAUUAGUUCGUUAUUAUUUUGACGUUGGAAAAGGUUCUAAUAUUAAAAUUUCGAAUUUUAGAUCAUUCUAGAAUUUUAGAAUCAUAGGUAUUUUAUCAGGGUUCUGUCAACGAGGGCCAAGCGAAGAAAUGGCUUAAGCGUUUUUUUAAUUGGAAAUUUGAAUUGAGAAAUGCAAAUUGCGAGCAAAAGUUCAAUCAUUGAGAGUUGCAUUCAAAGAUGAGUGUCCUCCAGUUUCAAAAAAUAAUCAAGAUUUCUGAAAAAGACAAAAUUGAAUUUUGUCUUGAUGUUCAAUGGACAAAAAAAUCAUAUUUUUACUGAACAGAAAACCCUAACAAAGGUAUCCAAGUAACUAAAAGCUUCAAACAACGAGCUUUAAGAUGCUUUAUCACCCUUCUUAAUGAUAUCUCUAGCAUGGCAGACAGCUGCAAAUUUGAGUUCUUCUCAAGCAACGAAAAGUCCCAUAAAACAGAUACUCAGCCCCAUGAUUAAUAUGAAGUACGUUCUAUACAGCUCAAACUUUAAGUUCUUAUUGAUACUCUCAAGUUCCAAAACAAGUCUUAAUGACCUUCUAUUCAGCUUCAAGGGGCCGUUUAAUUCAGCUUCCAUAAAAUCGUAAAAUGAGCAAAAAAUCCUUUCUCUAUCUCAAUUGCAUCCUUGGCAUCGGUUCAUAUCACCUCCUCUUGAUUACUUACUAUGUUCAGUACAUGGUUCCGCCAUGAUGCCACGCACCGGAUUCCAAACUCGACAAAUUGCGCAAUUUCUUCUUUCCUACAUUUCCUACAUAUAUUGCAUCAGAAUGGUCACUCAAUUACCAAAUUACUUAUUGAUAAAAAACUUGCCCGGCUUGGGAUUCGAACCCCGACCUUCGUGGUGAGAAUCGAACACGCUACCACAAGACCACGCCUAGAUGUUGUUCUAACUAAACUAAAACUCGAUGUGAUGAUUUGUCCUUGAAAGCACCUCAAUGCACUUUUUGGGACUUAGUAACUCCUGUUUUGAGUUUUUGUGCCCUUCAUGUGACUUAGUCAAUCCCGUUUUGAGCACUUUUGUGCCCUUUACGCGACUUAAGUCCCAUACAACGUACAUAUAAAUUACUUUUGCAGCUUUCAAGUUCAUUAAUUAGUACAUAAAGUUCACUUAAGGGAUUUGCGCAGAUUGAAAAAAAAACUUGCCCGGCUUGGGGAUCGAUCCCCUACCUUCGUGGUGAGAGUUGAACACGCUACCAGAAAACCACGUCUAGAUGUUGUUCUAACUGAAACUAAAACUCGAAGUGGUGAUAUGAUUUUGAAGCAUAUCUGCAGGCGCACCCGCCCAAACAGACUGCCAGCCAGUCAGGAAGAAAGCACCUCAAUGCACUUUUUGUGACUUAAAAAAUCCCGUUUUGAGUACUUUUGUGCCCAUUAUGUGACUUAAGUCCCUUACAAAGUACAUAUAAAUCGUUUUUGCAACUUUCAAGUUCGUUAAUGAGUACAUAUUGUUCACUUAAGGGAAUUGGACCGCAUACAAUGUACAUAUCCAUCUCUACUGCAACUUUUAAGUUCUUUAAUGAGUACAUAAAGUUCACUCAAGAGAAUUGGGCAGUUGAUUCUCUUUGUCAGCCAAUAUGUAACUUUGAAUGCCUUGAUUCAAGUAAAUGUGUGGCUUUUGGUUGCUUGGAUUAUGGAUACUUUUUAAAGUCAAUCAAGCUGAAAAAGGCUAUUCAGUUUUUCUGCAGGAAUUAUAAAAGUAUAAAUUUAAAGAUGUUUCACUUACUUUACUGAAUUCAUCUGCAUCACCCAAGGUGCCAAAAAGUUACAAAUGGAAACCGUAUGGAACAUAAAAGCUGAAUAACGGCUCGUAAAAUCCGGUGUCCUUCCUAAUUGUCAAAAGUACAUGAAACGCCCAACUGUUGCUGAAUUGCCAAUUUUAACUUUUAAAGUUCGUUGAGAGUUCGGAACAAGCUUUGGAAGGGAAAAUAUUUUCAAUUCUUUAGGGCACCCUUUACUCAGCCAAAUGUGAACUUUAAAUGCUUCUGUUAAAGUCGUUAUAUGUCUUUUGGUUACUUGGGUAUCUUCAACAUGCAGGUCUAUAAAUUUGUGAAAGUUGACUCAAUACUCAAAUGGGUUUAACGGGUCAGCAGAAGAAAGAUAUAUCCAAUUCAAAUCAAAUUCACCUUUUUCUUGCAGACCCUGUAAUCAAAAAAUUCUGUGUUUUUGCGAAAAAAAUUCUGAAUUUCUGUGAUUUUACCCAGAAAUCCUGUGAUGGUUUUCUUAGACGGAAAUAGUAUAAAUUCCUUUGGAAAGUCUUGAAAAAUUGAGUGUUUUUUACAUUUGAGAGAAAUGAGAAAAAUCAAUAAACUUUAUCAAUCUUAUCAUAUUUUUUCAAAACAAAGUUAAAAAUUCAAAAUUUUUAAUGAAAAAAAAAAUAUAACUUUGGGAAUACGUACAAAAUUUAAAAAAAUCUGUGAAAUCUGUGAAUACCUAAAAAAUUCAAUGUUUUGUAACACAUAAUCUGUGAUGAAAAUUUGCUCAAAAAUCUGAGAAAUUAUAGAUUUUUCUGUGAUUUCGGAAACCUUGCCUGUAAUUCGUGCCCGCUUGUCAUGGUCAGAAUGGCACUUUUGAGCUCCAAAUCUCGAUUUUUUUUGUAGCUUUACACAUUUUGGACCAAAUACGAAAAUCUCGUAAGACCUCUUUCGGAGAGUUUACGAUUUUAAGCACAGCUUAGAUAAGCUUGUUUGACUGUUCAUAUUAUUUCGUAUUAUUCCGUCACACGACAUAACUUGACGAAAAUAAUUCCUUAAAUUUACUCGGUCCAUGGCAACCGUUCUCGAAUUUCUUGGACAUCCCACAUUCGCCAGUUAAACUAAGUAUUCAUAUCCACCUUAAAUCAUUAUUAAUUUUUAAUAACUAUAAUUUUCCAUGCACUUCAAAUUUCACAAUCGCUGGCAGAGCUGUAGGAGGAACCGCCUCAUGGGGGGUUAGUGACAAAAUGUUUCCAGAAACAUGAACAAGACAGUCCUUAGCUAGAAAUCUCUUAUUUUAAUUUUGAAUCUUUGAUCUUCUAUAUGACUGUUUUUCUUCAAUUAUUCAUUAACUCAACUACUUUGUGAAUAUGAAUGAAAAUUCAUGAAAAUAAAAAGUAAAUUAAAAUUUCAAAUCCAAAUCUUAAAAUUUGUGUGUUAUUUUAAAUAUUUACUUAAAGUUCCAGCAUGAUCAGUUUCGAAGAUGGAAAAUGAAUCUAAUUUUAGUUUUAAACGCAAAACCAAGAUUCGAAUCAGGAUUUUGUCCCAUUGAUGAACGCCGAACUGAAAAUCAAGAAUAAUAAACUGGAUACAGAUUCCACAAUCCGGUCACAGGCAAGGUUGCCGAAAAAAAUUCUGUGUUUUUCAGAAAAAAAUUGAUUUUACCGAAAAAUUCUGUGAUGGUUUUCUGUAAAGCUAUUUCCUUCAAUUUCAUCGAAAAUCCAUGAUGGAUUGGGUCUUUUUUACAUUUUAGUUGGUAAAAAUCAAUUAACAUCACCAAUCUCACCAUUUUUUCCUAAUUCAAAGCAGGCCCGUGCGA